GAGAAGCCCUCGGCCGCCAAUCCGCGCCUCAACAUCGCCAUCCACAUUGUCGGCUCCCGCGGCGACGUGCAGCCCUUCAUCCCCAUUGCCCAGCUGCUCUCCCGCCCGCCCUACAACCACCGCGUCCGCAUCUGCACUCACCCAGUCUUCAAGGACUUUGUCGAGUCCAAAGGCAUCGAGUUCUUCAGCAUCGGCGGCGACCCAGAAGCCCUCAUGGCCUACAUGGUCAAGAACCCCGGCCUCAUGCCCAGCAUGGACAGCUUUAGGGCCGGUGACGUCGGCAAGAGGAGGAAAGAGAUGGCAGACAUCCUCGAGGGCACCUGGCGCAGCUGCAUCGAGCCCAGGAAGCCCUCGCAUGUGCCACACGAGCUCCCUAGCAUGCGGAGGCUGACAGCGUCGGAUGUCACUGCCUCGGACGAUUUGUUCCUGGCCGACGCCAUCAUCGCGAACCCUCCGUCCAUGGGCCAUAUCCACUGUGCCGAGAAGCUGGGCAUCCCGUUGCACAUGGUCUUCACAAUGCCCUGGUCCCCAACGAGGUCUUUCCACCACCCAUUGGCCUCAAUGCAAUAUGGCCAGGCAGAGACCGGGGUGGCCAACUUCUUGUCCUUCAUCAUGAUGGAGCUGUUGACUUGGCAGGGCCUCGGUGACGUCAUCAAUGUCUUCCGCACCCAAACAUUAAAGCUCGACCCCAUAAGUCCUCUAUGGGGCAACCAGCUACUCGCCAGGCUUCGCGUGCCUUACACAUACCUAUGGUCUCAGUCGCUAAUCCCCAAGCCCCAGGAUUGGGGCAUGAACAUCAACAUCGUGGGGUUCUCGUUCAUGAAAUCACCCAGUUCCUACACACCGCCGCCAGAUCUUGCCGAGUUCCUCGCAGCCGGUCCGCCGCCCAUAUACAUCGGCUUCGGCUCCAUCGUGGUCGACGACCCAAAAGCACUGACAGGAAUGAUAUUUGAGGCUGUCACGAAAGCCGGCGUCCGAGCUAUCGUGUCACGAGGCUGGGGUAACAUCGGUGGCGAUGAUGAUAUCCCCGACAGCAUAUACAUGGUCGGCGAUUGUCCCCACGACUGGCUGUUCCAGCGCGUGUCAUGCGUAAUCCACCAUGGCGGCGCAGGGACAACGGCAGCUGGCAUCGCGGCAGGCCGCCCUACGGUGGUUGUGCCUUUUUUCGGCGACCAGCCUUUUUGGGGCCAGAUGAUCGCGCAAGCGGGUGCUGGGCCAGCGCCGACACCGUUUAAGAGCCUGACAGCCGAUCUCCUUGCCGAGAAGAUCGAGUUUGCGCUGAGACCCGACGUCCAGGAGGCUGCGCGGCAAGUGGCAGCACACGUUGCUGUCGAGGAUGGCGCUCAGGGCGCUGCCAGCGACAUCCACUCACGGCUACAGCUCGACGAGAUGCGAUGCGACAUUUGCCCGGACCGACUCGCCGUCUGGACGCACAAGAAGACUGGCGCCCACCUGAGCACUUUUGCAGUGCUGUGCCUCAUCGACCACGAGGUGUUUGGUGUCGACAGCAUCAGGAUGUUACGGCAUACACGCUGGUACGUCGACGAGGGCGCAGAGUCGCCGAUCCUGGGCGGGCUGGCGGCGUUCGCGCUCCUGUUUGGAAGCAUAGGGAUUGCUACAGGGCGGUAUGUGGACAGGAUGCGGGCCGUGAGGACGUGCGGCAAGAAGACGCCUCUGGAUCUGGAGAAGGCCAUUCUCGAGGAUGAUGAAAAGCCCCCGAUCUUUGCUCCAGGAGCCGUGGCGCCUCGGCACAUGGAGAAAUUUGCGAAGAAGGUGGCCAGCAAAUCCGGCCGCGCGGCGACAUUCAUCGCCCGGUGCGACGGCAGGGGUUACGAAGUCCGCCGGGACCCGGUCACCCACAAGCCCGUCCACAGCACUCUGGAGCUCACCGCCCGCGCGACGGGGCGGUACGCGGUCAACGUGGGCAAGGCCACGCUCAAGUUUCCGGGCAACUUCUUCUACAACGUCGCCAAUGGUUGUCGGAACUUCCCGUCGUACGUGUGGGCUGACGUCGAAGCGCGGCGGCGGGACGAGGUGACGGGCCUGAGGAGCGGGCUGGAGACCUCUGGCAAGGAGUUUGGCGUGGGCGUGUAUUCCGCGGUGACUGGGCUGGUCGUCAAGCCGUACAAAGGAGCCAAGAAGGGGGGCAAAGGGGCGGGCAGGAUGAAGGGCUUUGGCAGAGGCUUGCUUCAGGGUCUCGUCGGGUUCCCUAACGAUAUUUUUUCUGCAAUCUACGGCCUGCCAGGGUACACGCUCAAGGGCAUCGAGAAGGAGCUGCACAAGCGGCACAUGUCGGAGCUCAAGGCCGAGAUCAUCAUGAUCCGGCUGAAGCAGGGGAGCGCCGAGUUCCGCGACGCAUCAUCCGCGCAGAGGGACGCGGUCGUGCGGCGGUGGGCGGGACUG